AUGUCACAGAAUGAAGAAGAGCUGUUUACUAAAGUGACUCUUCUUUCGUUUGAAGUAACUUUUAACUCGACAUUGCAAACAACACCAACACAGUUAUGUGUAUUCGAGCCGAGGAUUGACGACUCCCAACUUAUUAAUUUAGAGAAGAACAAAUUAAUUGUAUUGACUAUACCAAAAAAGUCAAUACUAACCCGCUUCAAUUCAAAGCCCCACGAGAUUGCUACUAUACAACUUUUAUAUACUAAAGUCGAGGAUAACUUGGAGGAAUACUCUAAAGUCCGUGGGAAGACUCUAUGCGUUGUGGAGACUAUAGACACGCGGAAGAGAAAACUUGUAUUAUGUUUCGACUCAAAACAAGACCGCGAGAGGUGGAAGAAAGUACUGAACACAUACACUUCGUCCGCUAAAAACUUUUCACUCUUCGGGGUCGACCUCCGCGACUUACAUAAAUUGUCGGGGAAAAUUGUCCCUCCAUUUCUUAUGUUGUGUGUAGUUGCGAUAAAAAGAGACUCAACCACUCUUUUCACAGACGUCGCUUCGCAAACACUUUCAUUCACAAUGUCUUCAAUCGAACACGGAGAAACAACAGAGUUGUCUCCUCAAGUCGCGUUUUGUGUAAUCAAAGAGUUUCUCCGUCGACUCCCCCUUCCUGUCUUUCACCCACUUUUGGAGUUUUUGAAUCCAGACAACAUGAAAGUCGACAAAAUGCGGAGGGUUGUGAAAACUGUUACAGAAGAGCAACGGGGUGUUAUUGAUGUUGUUUUCGAGUUAUUAAAUUACUUAUCGAAGUUCGAUCCACAGCACUUCAGUCCAAAAACACUUGCAAAAGCAAUUGGGACCAGUGUUGCGUGGGACAGGACAUGUGCAAUCUCGUCUGUUGUGUUUGAAGUUGUCGAGUUUUUCAUUAAGUCGUAUCAGCUUAUAAUGAAGGAAAACUUUGAAGGAAUAGGACAGUUACACAAAGACACCAACUUUCAGAUGCUUUCAAAAUAG